UGAGUGGGUGCGCAGCGAGGAGAAGUGGAAGUGGCUGCGAGGUGACUCUGCUGGCGCUGCCUGAACGCCUCCGAGACGUCACUGAGCCGGCCCCCGGGGGAAAAACGAGCGCUCAGCUCCCUCCGAGACAGAGCCCUGCGCUCACCGGGCUGCCGCGGAGGAUGCUGAGGGGCCAUGGUCCCCUCUGCCACCGCCCUGGCGCUGUGCCUGGCGCUGCUCCUCGCCUGUCCCACACACGGGGAGCGGCUGGCGAGCCCCCGGCGUGUGCGCUUCGCCGCGGAGGUGGCGCGGCACCUGCUCAGGUGGGAACCGGGCCACGGCUGCCCCAGCAGCGCCCGCUACGACGUGGAGUACAAAGUCUAUGGCUCGAGUAUUCCCUGGACAGCCGUCCCAGAGUGCCGGAGRAGCUCGGGGCUCUCCUGUGACCUCACCGAAUACACCCCGGACCCCGAGCGGCGCUACUACGCGCGGGUCAGGGCCGUGUCCGGGAGCCACACGUCCCCCUGGCAAAAGAGCAGCGCCUUCUCGCCGCAGGAAGCCAGCCCCCGCCUGGUGGGCCAGAGCCUCUCCGUGASCGGCAACGCCAUCCAGGUGCGGCUGCAGCCGCUCCUCCACUCCGGGAACGUCACACAGGAGUACGAGGACUUCCAGAAAAACAUGGCCCGGUACCUCGUGUACGUCAGGAGGACACAGGACAACCAGACGCUCAGAGUGGUGGAGAGCAGCGCAGAGUUCACCAUCAGUGAGCUGCUGUGGGGCACACGGUACUGCGUGAGCGUGGAGCUCAGCAUGGCCAACCGGCCCGGCCGUGCCACCCGCACCCACGAGCACUGUGUCACCACCGGCCACCGGAGAGCAGAGCUCCUCCCCGCCAUCCUCGGCUCCACCUUCACCACCCUGCUGCUCCUGGGCCUCCUGGGGGCUCUGCUGGCACACACCUACACAAGGAAACCUGUGAGGACACCGUCUGUGCUGAAGUCCUUCAUGAAGCAGAGCUCGCUCUGGGUGGAGCAUGAGCCCCCAUCCUCGGGCAGCCUGGAUGCAGACCCCAUCCAGCAGCUCUUCCUGACCCACAAGGAGCCCCAGGCGGACAGCAGCCCUGGCAGCAGCACCAGCACAGCCCGGCUGCCCCUGGAGCAGGGCUGGAGGCUCCCAGCGUGGCCCAAGGAGCGGCUGUGCCCGCUGGAGCCCGCGGCGAGCAGAGACAGCAGCGGCACCAGCACCGACAGCGGCAUCUGCCUGCACAUCCCCUCCUCCUCCUCCUCCUCCUCAUCCUCCUCCUCCCUGAGCUGUGCCGCGGGCCCCCAGGGCUACAGGCAGCAGCUGCCCGCUGCUGAGGACAGCGGGGUGGGCUUGGACAGCCCCUGUCCUGCUCCUGGCCACUCCUCUGGCAGUGGGAACAGCAGCCUGGGACAGCCCGGGCUCUGCGCUGUCACCGGCCAGCAGGACGUGACAUUCCGGGGGUACCUGCAGCAGGCCAAGGGCACCGUGGAGCCUCAGAGACACCCGGAGCGGGGACUGACCCUCCCGGGCUGUGCAGGGUCCGUGCAGGGCCUGGGCAGUACCAACACCGGGCUGGACACUGCGUGCACCACCACCGAGCUGGCCAUAUCCAAAGGGUACCUGAAACAGUCCUGUCCCCUCACACAGGAUCCAUGCCGAGCCCCUGCCAGGGACCUUUCCAGCCAUGUGGAGCCCCAAAUCCCCACUCUGCUGAGCUGGGGAGCUCCAGGUGCUCCACUGAGCUCSAAAGGCAGCCCUGAGCUCCUGAAACCCCCCUUGGACCUGAGCAUCUUCGACAGCCCUGACCUGCUGGUGAYGCUGCCGCUCGUGUCCAGCCUCAGCUCCGACUGGAUGACCAUCAAGCCCCUGAGCCAGCUCGGUGGGGACAGCAAGGACAGCCGCCUGUGACYCUGGGGCCACCAGCCCCGCACUCUGACCCAACUACCUCGCCUGCCCCCUGCCCUGGGGAGCAGCCACCGGAUAAGCUACGCCGACCCCUGAAUGUCCACAGUGCCGGGCCCACGCACGGCCCAGGAGCAGCAGCUCUGGCCCCAGUCCUGCUGUGGGCACCCCCAGAGCGUCCCUGCAGCCAGUGCAGCUAACGGGGCACAGGGAUGGGAUGGGCUGUGCUGGAGGGGCUCAUCCCACCUUUCUGGAUACACCAGGAUGACUCCCAAGGGUGUCUCUGCCUCCUCAGCAGCCCAGCACAGGGACAGGGC